AUGGAAGUCAACGGCGUCCGGGUAGCCGUCGAAGGAUGCGGACAUGGCACACUCAACGCCAUCUACGCGGCCGUUGCUGAAUCGUGCAAAGUUCGCGGUUGGCAUGGCGUAGACCUGCUCAUCAUUGGCGGCGAUUUCCAAUCCGUACGCAAUGCCGCAGACCUCACCAUCAUGUCCUGCCCCGUCAAAUACCGCCAUCUCGGCGAUUUUCCCGACUACUACGCCGGCACACGUACUGCGCCCUAUCUCACCAUCUUCGUCGGCGGCAACCACGAAGCAAGUUCCCACCUCUGGGAACUCUUCUACGGAGGAUGGGUAGCCCCCAACAUUUAUUACAUGGGCGCCGCCAACGUUCUUCGCUUUGGCCCGCUUCGCAUUGCAGCCAUGUCCGGCAUUUGGAAGGGCUUCGACUACAGGAAAACCCACCAUGAGCGACUCCCCUUUAGUGGCGAUGAUGUCAAGUCAUUCUACCAUGUGAGGGAGCUCGAUGUCCGAAAACUGCUUUUGCUGCAGACCCAGGUCGACAUUGGUAUUAGCCACGACUGGCCGCGCUACAUUGAAAACCACGGGGACGCAGCCUGGCUGUUUCGCAAGAAGCCCGACUUCCGAAGAGAGUCGCAGAAUGGCCAGCUGGGAAGCAUUGCCGCCGAAUACGUCAUGGACCGGCUGCGGCCUCCGUACUGGUUCUCAGCGCACAUGCAUAUAAAAUUCCCGGCUGUCAAAAAGUACACCGACGCCGCUCCAGUGGCACCGUCCACAAAUGUGAACGGAGACGAGGCCACAGUGCCCGAGGGAGGAGCAAAUCCCGAUGAGAUUGACUUGGACAUGGAGGAUGACGAAAACAAGAGCACCGAAAAACCGGCCACGGGCGCAGAGGCGUCCGAGUCCAAGGCCACAAACCAAAUUUCUGCCGAACUGCGCGCCCAGCUACCUGCGUCAUUCGCAAAGCCGCCGCCCAGGGACAAUCGCACGCCUGGCCAGCCGGUCCCUCCAGGCAUCAAAAACAGAGAGGUCCGUUUCGUAGCUUUGGACAAGUGCCUCCCAGGACGGCAUUUCCUCCAACUAUGCGACAUUGCACCUUUCAACGCGGCCGAUCUCGCAGCGUAUCCCCCCAAAUCGUCGGGUCCUCGUUACCAGCUGCAGUAUGACCCCGAAUGGCUCGCCAUCACGCGUGUCUUCCACAGCACCCUCAGCAUUGGUGACAAGACGGCCCGGCCACCUCCCGAUCUAGGCGAAGAGCACUAUCUGCCUCUCAUCGAGGCCGAGCGUGCCUGGGUCGAAGAAACCGUGGUCGCCAAGGGCAGGCUUGACGUCCCUGAAAACUUUGAACUCACCGCUCCCCCCCAUGCUCCUGGUUCUCCGGAGAUUGUGGACGAGCAGCCCGAGGAGUACACAAACCCGCAGACGACGGCAUUCUGCGACCUCCUCGGGCUGAAGCAUCUCUGGAAUGCCAGUGCAGAGGAGAGAAAAGCGAGGCGAGACCAAGGGCCGCCUCCGUCAGAAUACCAAGGCCGCCGCGGGGGGGCUGGCGGCAGAGGAGGGCGAGGCGGCGGCAGAGGCGGCGGCAGAGGUCGAGGCGGACAUCGUGGAGGCCAUGGUCACCGGGGCAGGUGGUAA